GGCAGUGGUCAAUGAUGUUAUUGUAACUUUUCGUAAACAUUGCGUAUUCAUGAAUUAAUUUACGAUUUUAAAUUUAAAAAUUACGCAUUAUGAAUAAAAUUCGUCAUCUGUCGUUUUUGACGAGAUUUGAAAAUACUUUGUUAACAGUUUACUACAAUCCUGUAUUUAUUUUUAAAGCGCGUUUUGCAAGGCUUGCAGAAGUCGGAAAAUUAGAAACACCUAAAUUAGAAGGCAAAUACGAUACUGGUCAACUUUUCUUGCAUAGAGUAUUUGGGUAUCGUGGAGUAACACUUUUCCCAUGGAUGGCCCGAGUGUAUGAUCGUGAUGUACCUAACAAGGAAGCAAACAGAGAGAGUGAAGAAUCUAGUACUAAUUAUAAUCAUGUGGGAAAGGAAGUAAAAAGUCAUACUCAUACUUAUUAUCAAGUCCUCAUUGAUUCCAGAGAUUGUCCUUAUGUGAGAACUCAAACAGAAGCUGUGACUGUUUUAGGAAAUCAUGAUAAUAGUCGAUCACUUUAUGCCAUUCCAGGUUUGGAUUAUGUAGCUCAUGAAGAUGUGAUACCUUAUACUAGUACUGAAAAACAACCAAUUGCUCAUGAAUUGUUUGACAAAUUUUUAAUGCAUGAUCCUGAGAAAGAUCCUCCUUUCAGUGCUCGUGAAACAUUACGAGCUUGGCAAGAGAAAAAUCAUCCCUGGUUAGAACUUUCAGAUGUACAUAAAGAAACCACAGAGAAUAUCCGAGUAACAGUUAUACCUUUCUAUAUGGGCCAAAGAGUUGCACAGAAUGCUGGUGUUUACUGGUGGAGAUAUUGCAUACGACUAGAAAAUUUGGGAGAACUCACUGUUCAGCUACGAGAAAGACAUUGGAGAAUAUUUUCACUUUCAGGUUCUUUAGAAACUGUACGUGGAAGAGGGGUUGUUGGGCAGGAACCGGUAUUAUCUAAAAUCCAACCUGCAUUUCAAUAUAGUAGUCAUGUCAGUUUGCAGUCUCCUUGUGGCCAUAUGUGGGGAACAUUUAGAAUGGAAAGGGAAGAUGGAUUAACGUUUGAAUGUAGAAUUCCUCCAUUUUCAUUAGAAAGCAAAGAAGGAACUUCUCAUAGUUAAAAUCUCCAGUGAAACUGUUUCAUAGAUAUAUAAAGAAUUAUUUGGAAAUAUCUCCAGGGAUGUUCUCAAGAGCUCUCUUUUAAAUUUCAAGUUUGUCCAGCAACUCUGUAUAUUCUUUGCAUUUUUAGAGUGUUUGACUUUUUGUGUAAAAUAAAAGAUUAUGUACUUUA